UCGGAAAUACGGUAGAGGAACGUGGUGUACUAAUUCGCGAAAAUAGAACACAGUCUUCUCUUGGUGCUCUAAUCUUCGUAGUUCUUUUCCUUCGUUCCCGUCAAAAAGCGCAAAAAUCGCAGAAAGCGUUAGUCGAUAGUAGUUAUCUUUUUUUCUCCUUUCAUCUUCUUUCUCGCACUUAAAAUCUGAACGAGACACUCGGGGAUGAGACGACAGCUGAUUAAUACAUUGGGAUUUAAGACCAGGUGGAAGAUCAAAGGCUAGCACUCGCAGAGAGGCUGACGACACGAUUCGCUACUUGGCAAAAGCAACGUACAUGUCAGAAAAAGUCUCCGUCGAUGUUUAACGAGACACGUGUACUUAUCGAUGAUCGGGAAAAUGCAAUAUCCGACACAGAGACAAGUCCUUAAGAAUGAGUAAAAAGAAUAACACAUCGCGGAACGAUGGACCAAGAAGGAACGUUUUACAUGUCAUCGAGCGUCGCUUCGAGUUGCCAUCGGCAGGCCAAUUAGACGCGUAAGUGCUUAGCAGAGAGUAAAAGCGGAAGCUAGAAGAAAGUCGCGAAAGUUUCUACAAAGUCGGGAAAUUCGCCCGGCAAGAAGAAAAGCGGAAAAGCGGAAAAGCCAAGAGAAAUAACUGCCGGUUCAGCGAUAGCAAUGAUUGGGGCUAAUCUGAGAUAUGGCAUUGGCACUUCCGGAAAUGUCACGUCCAACGCCACGAAAGUGUUCCAGUGCCAUCCCGGUGGUGUAACCGAAGCCACCGUCAUAUUUAGUCUCGGUGCAUUAGGAAUGGGAGCGAAUAUUAUUCUUAUGGCGUUGAUAUUGACAAAGCGGCAGCUGCGCAGGUGGUCCCAGGGACUGUUAUUCCACCAAGCUAUGGUAGACUGCGCGCGAGCCGCUAUAUUACUGCCUCUCGGCUCUAGUAUAUUGAAUUGUCAGCCCGUUAAUAAAUGCUCCCUCGUCGAGACUGCUUUUCUGCUGCUAGUCACUGUUUCCACAAUAAACAUGCUAACGACUGUACUGAAUGACAGUCCGGUAUUCCCAGAGACUGAUGAGGAAACGGAUCUAAUCGCUCCUCUAUUAAUGGACUCGCCUCAAUGCGUACUCUUUGGCACUUUUAUGAUCUGGUUUGCCAGUAUAACGAUAAAUCUGGGACCUACGUUUCUCAGCGGGGCCUUAGCGGCGAAUACAGAGAGUGGUCAUAAUGCGCCUAGCUGUCCGUUAGUGCAUGGCCCUUUUCGUCACUACAUACUCAACGUCCUCUGGAUCGUUAUUAAUGGCAUUUGUGUGGCACUCACGCUCUUUCAUUUGAGAAAAUUAUACAGAGAUUUGACAAAAGCUAAUGUCGAAGCGGUACGAGUUGCUGGUCUUGUGACAACGCUUGUUAAUGUGACAGGCGGACAUCAAAGCGCCACAAAUGCACUCGCAACCAAAGACGGCGCGAUUGAUACGAGAAACGGUACCAUGACAAAAAGACUUGGCGCCGUAGAAGAGCAUCGAAAAAUGAGGAAUUAUCUUAGACGGAUGGAGCGCGAGGGCGUGCAAAGAGUAAAAAUGUUUUUAGUCAUAACAGCGGCAUACAUUCUAUUCUGGGGACCACUGUUUUUCGUUACUCUAGUACGCCAUCCUGCCAUAGGCAAUCCUACUGGCUACGAGUUCUUCUAUUUUAUGCUCGCACUCAAUUUAGCUCAUAGAUUCAUGUGCAUAUUGCGCAAUUAUGCGUCAUAUAUAAAUCACCGGAUUUCGGAGGUAAUGUUAAACCAGGUGACUCUGCACAUCGCAUAUGUGCACGCUUUCGUAAAUCCGGCUCUGUUUCUCGCCCUACACCGAGGAUUGCGACAAGGAAUGUCAGACGUUUGUUGCGGCUGUUGUGAAAGCAUAGCCCGGUGGAUUCUUGGAACUGCUGCGCCUACUCCGAUACAAAGUGUCCAGCCACCCCGAUACGAGGCGCCAAUGAACUUCCCCACGCCACCGGCUCCACCACUAGCGGCACCGGUUGCAUCGGCAGAAUGUAAUCUUACCGACGUGGCACAUUUAAAACCACCUCUGCCACCGACUGCCAAAUUACUGGCGGACGACUCUUUCGCGAUAUCACCGGAUCCUUGGAGUCUGAUUUCAAGACCGAAAAGUACGUCUAGCUUCUACGAAGAAGAAUUAUCAAGAAGACCGAGUCUCCUAUUGCCAGCUGGGUUGAACGAUCCUCAGAGUCCGACAAGUAGCGAUUUACCAAGCGAAUAAACGCGAACAGACUUGACUUUAACAAAGGUUAAACAACAUUGAACCAAAUAGUAUCACAACAUUAAUUGACUGUAACAUAAAAAUAAUUGAUUGAUUUUUUGAAAACAUUCUCUACAAAAUUCCUUUUCUAGAAAAUCACAAUCAUAAAAAAAUUGUUCGUAUUGUCGAUAUAACUGAAAUCAAAGGAAACGUUGAAAUUUGAUGUGUGUGUGCA